AUGACGUUACUGUGCAGAAACCUGGCCGUGCUUCUCCUUUUUCUGAUUGCCUCACCUCUCCCUCUCCACUUCUUUACCCAUGCUACCCCUACUUCCGCUCCCGCCACUCGUCCUCGGAUAAUAUUCCUGACUGGAUUUGGCUCAGAAGGCGACCAUGACAAUGAUGAUGAUGAUGAGGAUGAUAAUGAAAACCACAGACUCCCUACUGAAGUGGUGAAGUCUGUGCACAACACCGUCGUCCAUCAGGCACAGCAGCUCUGCCAAUACAACCCCUGCUUGGAGAAUCAGGAGCCCUGUGACCAGAUUUCAGCAAAGACUGGGUGCCUCUGUCCAGGGGUCAGCGGGGCGGAUCAGCGUCCUCAUUCACCACGCAUCCAAGAGCUGGUGCCAAUCACUCAAGGGGGUGAUAGAGGGAAAAUAGAGAUCAGGUGGUGUGCUCCAUCUUCUGUGGUGUCUAUGUACAAAGUGGUGAUAGAGGGAGGUGAAGUCCUAGAGUUUGAGGAUAGUUCCAGACGAGGUUUGGUCAGACCUAUAGAAGUUGGGACUAAGGUGUGUGUAGAAGCGGUGAACAAUGCAGGACAAAGCAUCCCCUCAGAGUUCUCCUGUAUGCGGUAUGACCACCCUGAAUCUUCUAACCAUAAACUGUUGGCCGGGAUUAUUGGAGGAGGAGUCGCCCUCCUGCUUUUACUAAUCAUAGCAGCUGUGAUCCUCUGGAAGCAUCAAAUGCGUAAAAAGGCAAAGAGAGACUCUGCUAAUGGACUGGGAAAUCCUUCUUACAGCACAGAGGGGACUCACUGAUCCACUGACAAUUCACCCCAGAACCGAUGAACAAGUCCCCUUGAGACAGGGAAAGCUACAACAAUGUAAUCAUGAACAACAUACAAACAGUUCUGGGGUGGUAUUAUGAUUGAUUGUAGAAUCAAGAAAUUGUUUACACUCCUGUUUCAAGGAAAAUCUUAACAUAUGUGGGGGAAAAGUAGUAGUGUUAAUGGAAUAACAUUGUCAAAUGGAUCAUUCUGUGGUUUGAACUACAGGUUUAUUUGCUGGCGAAUUAGCCUUUGUAGGUUUAUUGUAGAGUUCUUUCCUCUUAUCAUUGCUUAAAUGUGUUGUAGAUAUAUUUUGUUUACAAUAUAGAUUCUGACUUUUGUAAUGAACUCAAACUUAUUUUAAUAAAAACUUAGUAAAAGCUC